AUGGCCCCCAAGGAGCAGAAGGAGACCCCAAAGAGAAAGGGUGGAGCGAGAAGGGAAAAAGUGCCGGAUUCCUGCAUGGAACACUUGCAUGACGUGCUGGCAGAUCUGGCCCAGUCGCAGGGUGGGUUCCACUUUCAUGGCUAUCACACUGCUGCCAAAUCGCAGGCCAUAUUGGGUGGAGAUUUGGUGCACAACUUCAAGUUCAUGGAAGCCCUGGCCAAGGUACAACCAGCCUUGAUGUUUCGCUAUGCCAAUUUGAAGUCAGUUUUCACCAAGCUGGUGGCUGUGUAUCCUGCUGUGAGGCAGGUCUUUCCGGUAAACCAGCAGGGAUCGGCAGCUGCAAAGCUGUCGGAGAGCACUAUGACGAUGUGCACCCACGCUCGGAGGCUACGGGAUGAGGGAAAGUUCAAAGAGGCUUGCUCUGCAUUGUCAGAGUACCAGGUCCAGAAACUCCAGCAACUCCGGGACAUGGAUGAUACCCAGGGCAACAAGGACGAGACCCCCCUGAAGAAGAAGAAGAAGUCUGAGACGCCCCUAAAGGAUUCCCUGAAGAAGGCACCCACGAAGCAGCAGAAGAAGAAGGCUGAGCCUAGCACACCCCCGAAGAAGCAGAAGAAGCCGACCCGGGACUUGGAUGCUGCCAGUGUGGACACACUGGCAGCUUUGGAGUUGGAGAUCCCAUGCACUCAGGACUCGGAAGAUCCUGAAGAUCCUCGGAAGCUCUUGGGGUCAUUGUCCUUGGGGUCUGAUGAGGAGGCCUCGGUACCCUCCCCGAUUCCAGCGAGGAAGAAGACCAUCAAGGACGCCUUGAAAAAGGAGAAAGGCAAGAAGAAGGAGAAGGCCAUGAAGAAGAAGUCCAAGAAGUCUCCGAUGAAGGCUUCCAAGUCCCCUAUGAAGGCCUCGAGCAAGAAGCCCGCUGGCAAGGCAGCUCCGCCGCUGCAGAAAGAGUACUACAAGGAUGACGAUCUGAAGCUGAUGAUCUACCACGAUACGGGGCGAUGUGCAGUGAGAGUGACUGGUGGGAGACAGCUUUUCCAGAUCAGCAAGUUCAGUGCAGCUGUGAACAAGAACCAGGCCGAGAAGCUCAUGGAGAAGCUGAAGACAGGCACAUCUCUGACCGAAGUCUUGCAGCUCAAAAA